ACUAAGAAUCUUAAGGUUGAACCCAUAGAGUUUAAAUCCUAGAUCCGCCUCUGAUGGUACAUAUUGUCCACUUUGAUCAAACAGAUCUGAUGAAUUUGUUUCUCGGCUAUGCAAUCAUCGAGUCCAAAAAUGUGCGUGCCAUGUGUACUUGUACUAUACUUAUAAAGCUCUUUAAUUUCCUCUCUUAUUCUGAUGCAAAAUUCGUUUAAGGUGUCAUGUGCACCCCUUCUUCAAAAAUUUGCCAAAAAGCCUACUAGUCUUUCUCUUUGACUCUCCCUCCAUCAUGAAUGUCACACAAUUACGCUAUAAUUUCCUUAUAAAUAAUCUAGCUAUGUAAAAAAAAAAAAAACCAUCGGUAUAUAGAGCUUAAACUCUAAAAAAUAAAAUGGGUAAAAGAGAAGGCUUAGAGAAGCUGCAAACUAAAUCACCCAAUGAGUACCAAAGGUGGUCCUUUAAUGAGUACACUCCAAGUUAAAGUCUCUCUCUCUCUAUUAUAGUCAUUGAGAAGAUGUCUACUUCAUCUUUGUUGCACACGUAUAGUAAUUACAAAUAUUUGGAGAAAGAAAACACCACUCUCUCUCUCUCUCUGUAGUGUACUGAAGACAAUUGUAUUUUAUACUAUUAUUCAUAGACCAGCCACUAUAUAUAUAGAGAGAGAGAUGAAGAUUGUGCAGUUUAAGGACACUAGUGGUGAGAAGGACAUAGGCAUGGGCCAUCACUGCUGCAGCAAACAGAAAGUAAAAAGGGGUCUUUGGUCUCCAGAAGAAGAUGAAAAACUCAUUAGACAUAUCACCACCCAUGGCCAUGGCUGCUGGAGUUCUGUCCCAAAACUAACAGGGCUACAAAGGUGUGGAAAGAGCUGUAGACUGAGAUGGAUAAAUUACUUGAGGCCAGAUUUAAGAAGGGGUUCUUUUACUGAACAAGAAGAAAGAACCAUCGUUGAUGUUCAUAGGAUCUUGGGAAAUAGAUGGGCACAAAUAGCCAAACAUUUACCAGGUAGGACUGAUAAUGAAGUGAAGAAUUUUUGGAACUCUUGCAUUAAAAAGAAGCUUAUUGCUCAAGGGUUAGAUCCAAAUACCCACAAUCUCCUCAAGAACAAAUCCAACAAUUCAACCAAAAAAGCCAACAGCAAUUAUCAUCAAGAUUCUACCUCAAUUUUCACCAUUGAUACUUCAACAAAUAAAGAAGUAACUUCAAUGGACAUAAAAUCAACUCUUGCCACCUUUCCUCCUUUCACUUAUAGUAGUGACAAUACUUCUAGUACAUACAAUUACACUCCUAUUGUUCCCAACACUGAAUUAUACCAAAACCCUACUUUCACGUGGAGCGAAAGAAAUUAUAGUACAAUAACUAUGCCUCAGUCCCAAACAAGCGAGAGAAAUCUUGUUAAUGCUCAAAAUUCCAUGUUGGAUUUCGCGAGUUGUUCUUUAAUGGGAAGCGCUACGAGUAAUGUGUCAUCUUAUAUAAAUGAGAAUAGCAUGUGGCAUGGAACUGGACUUGAACCAACAACCUUAAAUCCUGCUAAUGGACAAGAAGAAGUAAUGCAAGUACAACAAGGGGAUCAACAAUUUCCAAUUCUUCAGACAAAGUUUUCAUAUGAUCAAGAGGAUGUUUACAAGGUUAAUGAUCAUGAUCAAAUGGUGGAAAAUACGUUUGACGACAGCUCUAACUUCGAUUUUGAGUUUAUGGAUUCUGCAUUAGUGUCUUAUGGAUUGUACACUAAUGUUAAUUCUAUGAAUCAACUUUCAUGGGAUGGUUAAUUAA